CAACCGGUAAUCAGUAUCCCGCAUACACGGAGAGCCCCCGGGGUCGAUAUGCCCAGAGUUAAUUGGUGGGUGUCUAUAGCGACUGGUCUCGUGUAGGGAUACAGAUAACAAUCUACUGUAUAAACGGAACCCUCCGGGCGAGUUACGUAUCUGCGGGGUGAACUCGGGGAUCGUCGAUCUUCAACGGCUAUACAAAGCCUCAAUCUUAUAAUUAAGCUUAUAACCUCCAAAGCCCAACCAAAAUAAAUAUCAUAGAUCCAGUGCGGAAAACACCAUGUCUGAAGAUAAAGCCAAGUCGCGAUGGAUAGAGAUCAACUGCGACUUAGGGGAAAGCUUUGGAAGAUGGAAACUAGGACCUGACGAGGACUUAAUGCGCUAUAUCGAUGUAGCAAAUAUCGCCUGCGGUUUCCACGCCGGUGACCCUUCUACCAUGGUGUAUACAGUUCGCCUCGCAAAGCAACGUGGUGUACGAGUUGGUGCUCACCCGGGAAUGCCGGACCUCCUUGGCUUUGGCCGUCGCCGCAUGGAGAUUUUUCCCGAAGAUAUGUAUGCUUUGGUGUUAUAUCAAGUCGGUGCUCUUGCAGCUAUAGUCGCUGCAGAGGAUAUGCCGCUGAACCACGUCAAGCCACACGGCGAGCUCUACUUCUAUAUCCAGCGAGAUGCUGGUAUUCGAGAUGCCGUCCUUCGCGCCGUCAAAACUUUUAAGGUCCCUAUUUAUGGACUACCAACUAAACAGAUGGUCGAGGACUGCCAGAGGCUCGGAGUAGAGCUUAUCCCCGAAUUCUAUGUAGAUAUCGACUAUAAUGACCAAGGCGGACUGGUACCAGUGGCAGAGUCCGCCCCUGUUACUCCAGAAUUGAUCGCUGAACGCAUCCGCAUCUUCACGAGUAAAGGCCAGGCCAUUUCCAGGAGCGGGAAUGCGGUGGAUAUACCCGUUGAUAGGCAAGGGUUUAGUAUAUGUAUUCACUCGGAUCUGCCAGGUGCAUUGGACAAUGUUACCGCUGCAAGAGCAGCUGUUGAAGAGCAGAGAGUAUCAUAAGCAGCUGUGUACGAGGAUCCCAUUGAAUUCUGCGACGGUUUAUUCUAUUUAUACGGGGAUAUUUCUUGGCAAGUCAGUACCAAAUAACUGUAUAUUAGCUACCUGAGUUUCGCUCCUUGUCAAGAAAAUACUCGAGACUGUCUAUUAAAUCAGGCAGUCUUUCCCUCGAUGUUGUCCCAGAGAGUUCAUGUAUCCAAUAAUCUCCCAUUCUUCUCUGUUCCUAGGUAAAGCAGUCCCAUAAAGAACUCCCAUAUCAAAACAUAUCUCGUCUCCUAACGGUUGGAAUCGGCAAGUCCAUUUCUUUACGGCCUAGAUCC